AUGUCUGAUGAGGAAGAUUCAUCGCCUGAUAGGGCAUUAGUGUCAACCAACAAUGUGCCAGUGCUGGGCAUCAAACGUCUCAAACAAAUCGAGACGAUGUUCGUAUCCCGACGCCUGCAAGGUCCCCGCACGAGCGGCUUCAGUGUGGAGACACUGCUGGAUAUGCUGCUGGUGUUGUACGAUGAGUGCUGCAACAGUAGCCUUCGGAGGGAGAAGGCUGUAGCUGAUUUCAUACAAUAUGUGAAACCGGUUGCUGCGGCUCUCAAACGGCUUCGGCUCUCUCGUGAUGACUUCGAACUGGUUAAGGUGAUCGGACGCGGGGCUUUUGGAGAGGUUUGCGUCGUACGAGCAUCGUUCAUGCAGAGGGUGUAUGCAAUGAAGAUACUGAACAAAUGGGAAAUGCUCAAGAGGGCUGAAACGGCGUGCUUUCAAGAGGAGCGAGACGUUUUAGUGUUUGGAGACAGAAGGUGGAUAACAAACUUACACUAUGCCUUCCAGGAUGAACAUAAUUUGUACCUUGUGAUGGACUACUACUGCGGCGGCGACCUGCUGACGCUGCUGUCUAAGUUCGAGGACCGGCUGCCCGAGGAUAUGGCCAAGUUCUACAUCGCGGAGAUGGUGCUUGCCAUACAGAGUGUGCACGAGCUGCGAUAUGUACACAGAGACAUAAAGCCAGACAAUGUAUUACUGGAUGCGAGCGGACACAUUAGACUGGCGGAUUUCGGCUCUUGCUUGCGGCUGGGUGAUGAUGGCAAGGUACAAAGUAAUGUUGCUGUUGGAACUCCUGAUUACAUAUCUCCAGAGAUUUUAAGGGCCAUGGAAGAUGGACAAGGACGCUACGGGCCGGAGUGUGACUGGUGGUCACUAGGUGUUUGUAUGUACGAAAUGUUGUUUGGCGAGACGCCAUUUUACGCGGAAUCCCUAGUGGAAACAUAUGGGAAGAUCAUGAACCACGCGCGUUGUUUUCACUGCCCCCCACCGGAUGAACUUGCUGCUCAGGUAUCAGAAGAAGCAAAAGAUUUGAUACGUCGAUUAAUUUGCUCUUCAGAGAACAGGCUGGGGAAGAAUGGGUUGCAAGAUUUUAAGAGCCACCCAUGGUUCACCGGUCUAGACUGGGAUAACCUACGUGAGAUGCAGGCGCCGUUUGUUCCAGAUGUGUCAAGUCCCACCGACACCUCCAACUUCGACGUCGAUGACACGGACAUACGGUUGUCGGAAGCGGUGCCCCCUCCCCCGCCGUCGGCCGCUUUCUCCGGACGCCACUUGCCGUUCGUGGGGUUCACGUUCACCGCGGGCUCGCGCCUGUCCGACCUGGGCGCGCCCGCACCGCUCAGCCCCGCCAAGAACGCUCCCAGCCAGGCUCCAUCAAACGCUGGUGAUCGUGCUGCAUUAAAAGCACUAGAACGCGAAAAUGCUUUGCUGGCGCAGACAAUAGCGGAACUUAGAGCUGGUGGCUCUGGCUUAGAGAACGGCAGCGAAGAAUUGAUGCAACUGAAAGAGGAAAUGGCGGCUCUGUCCAAAAGGAAUUGCGACUUGGAAGCGCAAGUGAGGUGCUACGAGCAAAUUAGUACCACCGUUGCCUCACAGGACCCGUCGAGCACAGCGCAAGACGUCCCAACGCGCCUUCGGGAGAUGGAGUUGCUUGUCGCGUCACUCAACUUGGAGAAGGAGGAACUGGUGAAAGAUAAGACGGAUGCGUUAGAGAAGUUGAGGUUACAGGACAAAGAAUUAAAAGACGCGUUGUCGCAAUGCAAACUGGCCAUGACGGAAUACAAUGAAGUAUCAGAAAGGUUAUCGGAGCUAAGACAACAGAAGCAGAAGUUGUCGCGGCAGGUCCGUGACAAAGAAGAGGAACUAGAAGUGGCGAUGCAGAAGAUCGACGCGCUUCGCCAAGACAUCCGGCGCGCGGACAAGGGCCGCCGCGAACUCGAGGCUCGCCUCGACACCGCCGUCGCCGAGGCCACCAAGGAGAGGAAGCUGCGAGAAGAAACUCUCCGGUCACAGCGUUCUGAAGGUAUGCCGGUAGCGGGAAGUGGCACAGCGGCUGAUGUGGCGCGUUUACAAGCUGAUGUCGAGGCCCUUGAGCUGCAGUACAAGGAGUCGCUGGCGCAGCAACAGGCGCGCUACAGCGCGGAGCUGGCCGCGCUGCGCGACCAGCUGCAGGAGGGCGACGCCGUGCGCAACGUGCUCAGCCGCGAGCUACAAACAUCCAAAGAAAAACUCGAGAACCGUCGAUUGGAGCAGCUGUCGGAUAGCGAAGACAAACAAAUGCUCAUCAACGAGAACAGGAAACUGGCGAAGGAUCUUGAUGCGAUGGCAGAGAACGGUCGACGAUGGCAGACGGAGAGGAGACAACUGGAGAUGGAGUUGGAGGAGUUACGAGCUAAGAGAGAUACUAUGCAUCAUUGGGAGACACAGAUUGCAGACAUUAUUCGAUGGGUGGCAGACGAGAAGGAGGCUCGCGGCUAUCUGCAGGCGCUCGCAACGAAGAUGACUGAAGAGUUAGAUUAUCUAAAACACGCGAGCGGGGCACGAGGUGGCGCUGCGCCGUCUUCUCCGCCGGCGGUGGGCGGCGUGGGCUCGGGCGGCUGGCGCAACCGGCGCUCGCAGAAGCUGGACAAGAUGGAGAUCCUCACGCUGCAGUCCUCGCUGCACUCCGAGAUACAGGCCAAGCAGGCCGUCGGCGAGGAGCUCUCCCGCACGCGCGCAGAGCUGCUCGCCAGCCAGAGGGAAUUACUGGAAACCCGCCAGCGUUUGGACUCGUUGGCGCACGACAUGAAGCGCAAGGAGCAACAUAUCAGAGACAUGCAGGCGAAGCUCGACGCCCCCCUGCAGCCCGGUAACUCCUUUUUGGAUCGCCCGCCAUCACAGAUGAGUUACUUGGAUCAAUUUCUCAAAGACGCCCCGACGGAAAGGCAUUACGACAAUGUCGUCUCUAUGAACAACGAGCAAAAGAUGUCGCUGCAAUACCGUUACAGAAAUGCUCAGCAUUGUUGCAAUGCAAAGUUACUGUAUGGGUCACAGCAAUCGACAGCAUUGAGCGGAUCCGCGGAGUCGCCUGAUGAAAUGGAACAGAGGGCCGCCUCGCCCGCCUCAAGCAAGAGUUCUCCCAGUGAAAUGUCCACGGAUCCCUCGAUAGGACCAGGAGGUAAACAAAAGGUCCACCAGUUCCUCGUCCGUACCUUCAGCAGUCCCACCAAGUGUAAUCACUGCACUUCACUUAUGAUUGGGCUGACGCGGCAGGGCGUGGUGUGCGAGACGUGCGGGCUGGCCGUGCACACGCGCUGCUGCUCGCGCGUGGCGCCGCGCUGCCCGCUGCCGCCCGAGCGCUGCCGCCGCCCGCUCGGCAUCGAUCCGGCGCGCGGACAGGGCACCGCCUACGAGGGCUACGUCAAGGUUCCGAAACCAGGAGGUGUGAAGAAAGGUUGGAUGCGGCAGUUUGUAGUUGUUUGCGACUUUAAACUGUUCUUAUACGACAUUUCACAAGAUCGGAACGCUCUACCAUCAGUAUGUGUUAGUCAAGUAUUGGACAUGCGGGAUCCAGAGUUUAGUGUGACCUCAGUCAAAGAGUCGGACGUAAUACACGCCAGCAAGCGUGACAUACCUUGUAUAUUUAGGAUAUCAACGUCACAAUUAGAAGGCGGCAAACGAUACCAUACCCUAAUGCUAGCAGAGUCUGAAUCCGAGAAAACAAAGUGGGUAGUGGCGCUCAGCGAACUCCAUAGGAUAUUGAAGAGAAACAACCUGCCCGACAAAUGUGUGUACUCUGCGUGCGUGAUAGCGGAUGCGAGCGCGGCGCUGAUCCGCGGCGCGACGUGUGCGUGCGUGCUAGAGCGUUCGCGGCUGUGCGUCGGCGGCGAGCUGGGACUCGCGCUGCUGGACCUGGAGCGCGCCGAGCUGGUGCCGCGCCGCGCGCACGCGCCCGUUGCGCGCAUGUGCUACGUGCCGCACGAGCAGCUGCUGGUGGUGAUAGCCGGGCGGGGUCGGCACGUGCGCCUGGUGCCGAUCCGCGCGCUCGAGUGCCCCGAGGUGGAGAGCGUCAAGCUGUCGGAGGCCAAGGGCGCCGUGGACCUCGCCGUGGGCGAGCUGCAUGCCUCGGCCUACGGGUUCGCAGUUGUUUGUAAACGACAGAGCACGUGGGUGGUGUACGUGUACGAGAUCACGCGCACGGCGGCGCGCCGCUGCCGCGUGGCCGAGCUGCGCGCGCCGGGCGCCGUGCUCAGCGUGCAGCUGUCCCGCUCGCGCCUGCUGCUCGGCUACCGCGGCGGCUUCGCGGCGCACGCGCUGCCCGAGCCGCGCCGCGCGGGCCAGCACGCCGCCGACCAGCCCGCCAUCUCGCUGGUGCACCCGGAGAACCAGGUGAGCGUGUUCCUGGCGCACUCGGGCGCGCGGGCGCUGUGCGCGGCGGCGUGCGGCCCGGAGCGGCGCGACACGCUGCUGGUGUUCGGCGCGCUCGCGCUCUACGUGGACCGCGCCGGCCUGCGCGCGCGCGACGCAGAGAUCAUGUACACCGCGCAGCCGCUCUACCACGCUAUAAACGACACGCAUCUGUUAAUAUUCACAUCAUCGCAUAUCGAUAUUUACGAAAUCGAAUCAGGAGAGUGGGUGCAGACAUUAAACUUACCGAACGCGCGUCCGUUGGACGAAUCGGGGUACGUGGUGUGCGUCGGUGGUGGGGGAAACAACGGAUUCCCCUUCUCGUCAGACUCAGCGCCAUUCUUAGUUUACUUAAGGCCGCUUUUCACACAGGGUCCAUUAAAUGUGGAGAUAGCGACCACGUGGGGCAGCAACAAGCGAAGGUUUUCAGUCCGUGAGCAGUCACAUCAAGCGAUCGAAGCGCAUAAUAGAUUAUCGGAGCGUCGUUCAAGGCUGAUCUCCGCGCCCACAAACUUUGCCCACGUGUCACACAUGGGCCCCGGUGAUGGUAUCCGAUCACAACGACUACUUGACCUGCCUACCACCGUGGAGACUGCCGACGAACAGCACCAGCAGCAAAUGUACGGCAGCCGGGAGAGUAGUAAACGAACGUCACCUUUGACCAUAUCGCAUGGGACCGGUUCAUAUAACGGCUCGUGGCGGCGCCGUGACACAACUGACGCACCAAACGAAUCAAUGGGGCGCGGUAUGGACAGGUCAAUAGGCGGCGGAUCUCAAGGCAGUGGGUCGCUGUUACUGGAGCGCUCAAUCACGCCGCUUAGCCUGGGCAGCAUGAGCUCGCUCCACGACGUACUGAAGGUUGGCACCGAUAUGGGCGAAGGUUUACAUUCGGAAGAUAGCAGUUGCGGGGCGUCGCCACCCCAUCCAAUGGACCCCUGA